GGAAGCAGCCUGAGAAAACGGAAGAGCUCUGGCUGCUGCGAUAGGGGCUGGGUGGGAAGGGCUGCCAUUCUCCCCCACUCCUGCUUUGGAUUUGGGAAGCCUAUGAAGGACCCCCACAACGACGCUCUAGGAUCCAGAUUUGAUUUCUCGUUGCCCUUCCUGACAGGAAAUUCUUACACUGACUCAUAGUCAGAUGCCCGGCGGCUUCACAGAGCCUGAGCCUCCUAGCGAAUACAACUUCCGGUCUCAUAGGUGCCUUUCUAGGCGCAGAACGCUUUCUGUCUGGCCGCUUGUAGUGGCGGUGGAGACAUCGCCACUCUGUCUCUAUGGUUGAGCUAGAUUCUGUUCUAGGCAGCUGGGUGCCGGCUCGGUGACCGACCCAAGGGAAUCAGCUGCUGACUGCGGAGACGGGCCUGACCGGGAUUGAGGUGCUGAUAGCCUUACUCCAUGCUGUCUCUUGGCACUGACAUAUGCAGUUGGAGCAUUAGGAUAUUACUGGCUUGUCUGUAAGCAGCCAACUGACUUCUCCUUGAGGAAUGGCUCCCCAGUUCCGCAGCUAUGUCUGGGAUCCUGUUCUCAUCCUCUCCCAAAUCGUGCUCAUGCAGGCCAUUUACUACAGCUCUCUGGGCCUUUGGUUGGCACUGGUGGACAGCCUGCUACGGAGCAGCCCAUCCCUUGACCAGAUCUUCAGUUACGAGAUCUUGGGAUUCUCCACACCCCCAGGGAGAGUUUCUAUGAUGGCAUUUGUCCUAAAUGCACUAACCUGUGCUGUGGGCUUAUUAUAUUUCAUCCGGCGUGGAAAGCAGUGCUUGGAUUUCACAGUCACCAUUCACUUUUUCCACCUGCUGGGCUGCUGGAUUUACAACAGCCGCUUUCCCACUGCUCUGACCUGGUGGCUCAUACAUGCUGUGUGCACAGCGCUUAUGGCUGUGAUUGGGGAAUACCUCUGUAUGAGAACUGAAAUGAAGGAAAUCCCAUUAAAUUCAAUCCCCAAAUCCAAUGUAUAGAUGUCCUGGCUCUUCCGGUCGGCUUCUACAUCUUGGUACUAACGUGUGGCACAUGAGGUUACAGCGAAGGAAAGUAAGCAGAGCUGUGCUAACUUUUUAAAGAUAGCAGUGUCUGCAAGAAUGAAGUUUUGUGGAUCCCCCUGAACAAGAUGAACAAAGCCAAUGUUUCAUUUUGACGAGGCCCACCUUAUCACCCAUAUGAGAGGACAUGCCUUUUUGGCUCAUGGCACAGAUCAGAUUCAGUUCUGGAAAACAACAUUUAAAGGUAAAAACAGAAGCUGGACGUCUUUUGAGCAUUGUGGACCAGGUUGUGGCAAUCAGCGCUUUCCUUUUUCUGCAAUAAGGAUGUAACCUUCUGGAGAUCUCUGUAGACAUCAAGCAGUGAAUUUUUCUGAAUUAAUUCUUUGUUCCUCCUGAACACCCAAUAUCCGAUUGUCGCUGGCCUUCUUGCUUUAAAAACUGAGGGGAUAAAACAGUUCUGGACGAUGUGCUGCCAUACUUCAAAGUCAGCGAGCUGUGAUCCCGGACCCCUUGAGUUCUUGUGCAACUCAAACACAGGCAAAGAAGGACAUGACUCUGUUUGUUUGAACUAAAUAAUUUUUUAAAAGAGUAAUAAUAGAAACUUAUUUUUCCAUCAGAGUAUUAUUCUAUAGCUCACUGGUUGGACACGGUUAUACUGUUGCUUUGUGCAUCACCAGGGAGAAAAGGGAGCAGCCAGAAAGGCAUACCAUUUGAAAAGCAGUGCUUUUCCCCAACUUCACACAGUGAACAGUAUGAGACAGAAUGAACAGCCAGUCGCAAGGCUGAAGGUGGAGGGGUAACUAUCUCUCAUUACAAGCUAGAAGCUAGAUACACUUCAGAUGAGCCUCUGCAACGUGCAUUACCAUGGAGAUGCAAACCUUUUCUCUGAUGAUCAGCUUUUGCUCUUUAUAACCAAGGACCCAUGUUGUUCUGUGUUACAGGGAGAGUUAACUGGUGUCUUCAUAGUACCACCAUUUGCUUUGUAUACAGCAUCAGUAGUCCCCAAUGGAUGGAGGCUUAAACAGCUACAUGUUGGCCCACGUAACAUGCAGCCACAGGAAGGCUGGUCAGUAUCGGGCCCAGGUAUUAGUGGAGCCGUCUGGCCUUUUAACUAUGAACACUGUUUCAUUGGAGUCAUAUCACUGAGAUUUCAUUUGUAUCUAAAUAUUUGUGAACACUAUUGGUUUGUAUAAGUUAUACUGGUAAAUUAAUACUCGGUUUGUAAAAGCUGGAGGGAUAAUUUUGCGAAAAGGAAUUUGAUAAAUUGUCUCAAAACUUUCUGAGGGGUUUCUGUACAUACUCUGUCGCUGGCAACCCUUCGCACAUAGUUCUUGGCCUAGAUUAAAUAUUUGCUCCACCUUGCA